AUGCUCAAAGAACGUUUGCAAACAGCACACCCUAACCGAGAGCCUCUUCCAGAGCAUUGGUUCAGAUUCCAAACAGGACAUCUACCCAUCUCCAUCGACACUCCGGGGUUCCACUAUGACCACAAUGGAAAUAUCUUCCGGAGUGCCACUCAAAUCCUUGUGAAUGGGGACAGGGCUGUGAUGGACAGCGGCGCAGCUAUCGAUAUUAUCUACUCUCGCAACAAGGAUGUUGAAGACUGUCCUGAAAAUCGCGCGCUCGAUGCGAGGCAAUGUUUAGACUGGGCAACCACCAAGAAGAUUCUAACACAAAUCGACGAUACGCUUUUGGGCUGGAAGACAGAAGUGACUCUGAAGACACUCCGAAAUGGCUCGAUGGAUCUUCAAACAACCCAUCAUAAGCAUCAUGAUGUUGGAAACACACUCCCCGACAACGUCGUCAUCGACCGCCUCCCCGUUUCUGCGAUUCGACUCCACUUCAACCACAGAUCUGGCCUUGGCAUUUACAAAGCUGUUAUCGCCCCAGAGUGGGGGAAAUAUAGAGUUUUCAAAGGAGUGACCGAAUUUUCGAAUCCUCUACAAGAUCUUGAAUUCUUUGCCUCGCUUCCGCACUCCGAUCACUUAAUCCGACCUACGCAUGCAGUCGUAGACGAAUCAGGCAAUUUCCGGGGUAUGCUCAUGGACUUUCACUACGCAGGCAACUUGGCUGAAUACGUUACCGACCCCCGUCUGGAUAACGAGUGCUCUUGCGCUGAUUUACCGCCAUUUGGGCCAGAAGCAACCCCCCCUCUACUUGAAAACACAGUGUUGUUUCCGCUGGAGGUUAAACUUGGGUGGGCGCGCGAUAUUGCUGCUGCCGUAGCGUGGUUACACCAGCAGGGCGUCUUCUGGGGCGACCUUCAUCUCCACAAUGUCAUUCUCUGCAACGAUGGACGAUGCCGCCUCAUCGACUAUUACCCUGAUCCUUCCGUCUGGACCCCACGCUACUCUCCGCCAGAGCUGAUCAUAGCCGAGCGUGCUCGUGAACUUCCGCUGACCCCACAGCGGGACGCGUUCCAUCUGGGGAUUGCACUAUGGGCGCUCAUUGAGGAGGCUGUAGAUUUCACGCGAGAAGUCCAGUGGGUCCGACCGUGUUUGCCUUGGAGAGAAAGCACCCCGCGGUGGCUGGUGGAUGUGGUCGAGUCGUGUCUCGCUACUGAUCCAAACGAGCGUUCGUCUGUCCAGGAUGUGUACGAUGUGCUACUGUCUCAUGUCGAGUAG